ACAGUCAGUCAAAUGAAUAGUUUAUAACCAUAAAUCCCCCUAUUCAGCUUCCGCUUCCGCCAUCUUUCUUUCCGGUUUGGCGCAUUCUCGUAUCCGUCAUGAAGGUCGAGUUGUGCAGUUUCAGCGGGUACAAAAUUUACCCCGGCCAUGGCCGCCGGUACGCCAGGAUAGACGGGAAGGUGUUCCAGUUCUUGAACGCCAAAUGCGAGUCUGCAUUUUUGGCCAAGAGGAAUCCCCGACAGAUCAACUGGACUGUGCUGUACAGACGCAAGCACAAGAAGGGCCAAUCUGAAGAGGUGAGCAAGAAGCGUACCCGCCGUGCCGUCAAGUUCCAAAGGGCCAUCACUGGUGCCUCCCUGGCUGAGAUCAUGGCCAAAAGGAACCAGAAGCCCGAGGUCCGCAAGGCCCAGAGAGAGCAGGCCAUCAGAGCUGCCAAGGAGGCCAAGAAGGCAAAGCAGGCUGCCAAGAAGCCUGUUGCUCCCACUAAGGCUGCCACCAAGGCUGCACAGAAGCCCAAGAUCGCCAAGCCCAUGAAGGUGAACGCACCCCGCGUUGGUGGAAAACGCUAAGCCGCGGCACCUCGUUUUCGGUUGUGAAUAAAAGUUUUUGGGUAACCAUCA